CGUAUCUCCAUUUUCGCUUCCCUUGCUCAUAUGAAGGUCUUCGCUCUUGACUGCUUGCCCGUGAACUGCUGCCCGCCGUCACGCUCUCAGUUUCAUUGAUCCGAGCCAGUCCGCCAGCGGUACCAGUUGAACUACCAGCAUUUUCAAUCAUCCGUCCACUCCAUUCUGCUCGCGUUCCUGCCUCGAAGAAACCAGAGCACUGGCUCAAAAUCAACCUGUGCAAAAGGUAUCUCUGCUCUUUCCGCCCGCUUUCGUUUCCAAUGAUGAUCUCGACGUCUCCAGUAUGCGAGAAGAAGGGGAACUCGUUCUGCGCGACAUGACUCGAUCCUCCAUGAUGACUUCGGGCAUGUCGCGAGCUGUGUCUGCGUGUAUGCGAGCGUCCGGAAUUCACUGAUGCUGCGCGAGGAGCACGAGCAUACACUGGCGCUGUAGCUGCCAGUGGCGGCAGGCCCAGGUCUGAAUACGGCGGAGGAUGGUGCGAUACCAUCAUGGGUUCUCGUGUCGGCUGCCUCAAGUCUCGUUCGUAUGCGCAACCCUGCGCUCGUGUCUGGUUCUGUUCACUGAUGGCUGCAUCACCAGCUUCCUUCUUUCGCGUUCUUAUGGCCGUCUAUACGUUGCAAAUGGGGCUCAGUCUUGCGCGAUCGCGUCCGCCACUGCUUCUGGCGCGUUGGUGCAGCUUCUGUUGACCAGCUAUCCUCCUACCACUGUAUGUAUGUACUGUAGCACCAACCUGUGCAAAAGAAGAGAUCUGCGAGGCUACGGUCAACGCUCAGCUGGACAGUG